GUUAAUUACAAAAGACAACAAAUAUUCUUAGAGUUAACGCAUUGCCUUUGUAGAUACCUGGAAGAUUUGAAUUGUGUAGAGCUUUAUUUUCUUUUCUUGCAUGACACUUGUUUUCCUUUCCCUGCAUGACAGAUUGCUUGAGAAAAAUGGGGAAAAAAAAUUGAGCAGAUUUUUCAAAUGGGAAAAAAAAAAAAAAAAAUUGAGAAAAAUGGUAGUCUUCAGCCAUUGAUCUUACAGUCUUCAACUAUUUAGCAGAUAAAAAACCCUUUUCCGAGACCACUGAUCGAAGUUGUCCAAUAUUUGCAUCAAGUUUCCCUCCCAAACUCCCAUAUGAAACCCAUAAUUUACAGACUCUCCAUCUCUCAACCCACAUGGAGAAAAACCCAGAGCUUAGCUUGUAGCCAUCUCGUUGGUACCCAGAAAGCUCAAGCACAUGCCCAUAAACUAGGAACCUCGGCUGCUCAGCCUGAUAUUAUUGUAUCUCACUCAGAAUCAACAUCAUUCUCGUAUGCUCUUCAACUGUUCGACAAAGCGUCUGACUUGACCGUAGUGUCUGCCACUGCCAUCAUUGGGCGCUUUGCUCAACAGCACCGCCAUGAAGAGGCCAUGUGUCUCUUCUCAAGGAUGCUUGCGUCAAAUAUUAGACCCAAUGAGUCCACAUUUGGGACCGUAACUCACUCAUCAACUUUGCUGGGAGACCUUUAUAUUGGCAAGCAAAUUCAUGCUUGCGCAACGAAGAUUGGCCUUCACUCGAAUGUUUAUGUUGGUAGUGCACUUUUAGAUCUUUAUGCCAAGUUGAGUACCAUCGAAGAAGCUCGAAGAGUUUUUGAAGAUACCCGUCAGCGGAAUGUGGUAUCUUACACGGCUUUGAUAGGUGGCUACCUGAAAAAGGAGAGGACUGAAGACGCUUUCCGCCUCUUUCGAGAGAUGCCAGAGAGAAACGUAGUUUCUUGGAAUGUAAUGAUUGGCGGGUGUAGCCAAACAGGCUACAAUGAAGAGGCUGUGAAUCUUUUUAUUGAGAUGCUUGGAGAAGGGUUGCUGCCCAAUCAUUCAACUUUUCCUUGUGCUAUUAGUGCAGCUGCCAAUAUAGCAGCACUUGGAAUGGGAAAAAGUUUUCAUGCUUGUGCUGUUAAGUUCUUGGGUAAGCUUGAUGCGUUUGUUGGGAAUUCUCUGAUCAGCUUUUAUGCCAAAUGUGGAAACAUGGAAGACAGUGUCUUGGUUUUUAAUAAACUUUCUGAAAGAGAUAUUGUUUCUUGGAAUGCUGUGAUAUGUGGUUAUGCACAGAAUGGUAGAGGAGAGGAAGCCAUUAGCUUCUUUGAGAGGAUGCAGGUAGUAGGUUGUAAACCUAAUAGUGUUACACUUCUUGGGCUAUUAUGGGCUUGUAAUCAUGCUGGCCUUGUUGAUGAGGGUUAUUCAUAUUUCACUCGAGCAAGACUUGAAGACCCUAGCAAGCUAAAGCCAGAGCACUAUGCUUGUAUUGUUGACUUACUCUCCCGCUCAGGGCGCUUCAAACAAGCUGAGGAGUUUCUUUGCGAUUUGCCAUUUAAUCCAGGAAUUGGGUUUUGGAAAGCAUUGCUUGGAGGCUGCCAGAUUCACUCAAAUAUGGAAUUGGGGCAGUUUGCUGCACGAAAAAUCCUAGCUCUGGACCCUGAAGACGUUUCAUCAUAUGUAAUGCUGUCAAAUGCUCAUUCUGCAGCUGGUAGAUGGCUGAGUGUGUCAACAAUAAGAAGAGAGAUGAAAGAGAAGGGCAUGAAGAGGAUUCCAGGUAGCAGUUGGAUUGAAAUCGGAAGCAAAGUUCAUGUCUUUUUAACUGGAGACAGGAGUCAUCACCAAAAGGAUGAAAUUUAUAUGGCCUUGCGGUUUUGUAUGGAGCAUUUAAGGGAGGUCAAAGCUUCCAAUCUUCUUGAAGAGUCUUGAGUCUAGCUUUGGAAGAAGUGAUUCGAUUUGCUAGCAAUCCGGACAGCAAAUUUACUGAGAUCUCUGUUCCCACUUUAUAUAUUAGAGUCAUGAACAUUGAGAUUUGGGAGGCUUGGCUUCAUUUACUUCAACCUCCUCGUAACAUCUAUAAGUAUCAAAGAUCAGAUCAACUACUGCAAUAGAUUGCACUGAAAGAGAGGGAGCAGGAGAGUUGUGUGAAUUAUUAACCGACCUGUGUGCUACCAAACCAACCGUAUUGACUUUAUUUGCUUCCACAACAUACUAACCUUAAGCAACUAAUGGUGGGGUUUUAGAAGGAUGCCCUUCAAAAGCAGCUGCUUGAAGAGUUCUGGCACCCUGGACUUCACAGAUCACGGGAAAAUGGGAACAAUUUGCAGGUUUGCAUUUUUAUUUGUCAUAUGUUGUUUAUAGAAGAUGUUACAUUUGGAUAGUCCCGGGGAAUGUUUGUUUGUUUGUUUAUU